UGUCAACAGCUGCUUAUAUUAAAAUGGCAUCAAGCAAUUUGCCCGAGGAAAAUUUUGAGGGCGGUGAUUUCAAUUUUGACGAUGAUGCGGAUGAUGACCAACUGGUGGCCACAAAUGCCGGACGAAAGCGAUUGUUCAGCAAAGAACUGCGUUGCAUGAUGUUUGGGUUCGGGGACGAUAAGAACCCCUACACGGAAACUGUUGAUCUACUGGAAGAUUUGGUCAUUGAAUAUAUUGCUGAAACCACUCACAGGGCUAUGGAGAUCGGUCGAACUGGUCGUGUGCAGGUAGAGGACAUUAUAUUCCUGGUGCGUAAGGAUCAACGCAAGUAUGCUCGAGUCAAGGACUUGCUAACGAUGAACGAAGAACUAAAAAAGGCGCGAAAGGCCUUCGACGAGAUCAAAUAUGUCGGCAACGAGGGAAAGCUCAAAUGACAGCGGAC